AUGGCGGUGGACACGGGCCACAUCUCAUCCGCUUCGUCCGUGCUAGUACGGCAGGAUGAGCUGCCGACCGAGUUAAUCCUGUCGAUGGAGCGAAUCCUCGAGAUUAGACCAGGCCAAACAUCGGAUCCCCUGGACAACCUGAAGGUUGAUUUCAAUCCGGUUCAGUUGCUCAAUGAUUACUUUCCAGACGAGGCUUCGCUUGGUCAGCUUGAGUCUGCGCAGGCUCGUCUAUCCGAGAAUGAACGGGCGUUGCGAAAUGAGAUCGAGGCACUGAAGGAGGAGUUGAGACGUGAACAGGAUCCAAGUCGCAUGCAAGCGAUUCAAGAAAUGAUUUCUGAGCUGCUGGGACAAAUGUCUCGUAUCCGGGAGAAGGCCACAGAGUCAGAGGCUGUCGUGCGGAAUAUCACCAAGGAGAUCCAGGUGUUGGACUUGGCGAAGAAAAACCUUAUCCUGAGCAUGACCACAUUAAAGAGGCUGCAGAUGCUUGUCAAUGCCCUGAGUCAGCUCGAGGACCAGGUCAGAGACAAGCGGUAUCAUGAUAUCAUACAAACGCUGGCUGCUGUCAAACAGAUCUGCGCGUCAUUCAAGCCUUACAUGUCAAUUCAUCGAAUCUCUCAGACUUGGCGACGAAUUCAAGAAAUACAGGGCGAGUUGCGUACGAAAAUAGAUGCAGAUUGGGAGCGCUUCUAUACUCAAGACCCGACCAAACCCAUUAAGCCAUCAGUCAUUGCAGAUGCAUGCCUGGUGAUAGACGUGAUUGGCUCAGAUGUCCGUAAUCAGUUCAUUGACCGUUACGUGGCUCUCGAACUCAAAGAGUACCGCCGCAUCUUCCGAGCGACGGACGAGGCUGGGCAGCUCGACAAUCUCUCUCGCCGGUUCGCAUGGUUCCGACGGUUGUUGCAGACUCACGAACUUGAACAAGGAAGAGUCUUUCCUGCCGAAUGGCGGGUUGGAUGGUUCUUGACUGCCAAAUUCAUCGAGAUUACUAGAGAUGAUAUGACAGCGUUGCUCUCCAAGGCCGGGUCAAAGUUGACUGUGAAGCAACUCCUCGACACCCUUCAGGACACCAUGGAUUUUGAAGCAUCUCUCGGACGCAAAUAUGCCACCCCAGUGACGGAUAUCUUGAAAGAAACGCAACCCGCGGGGGCUUCACGACCGCUCAAGACCAUUUCAUCUGCGUUCGAACCCCACAUGGGUGUGUACAUUGACGCUCAAGACAAGUUGAGCAUCGACCUCUCUCACACCGAUCUAUACACUAAUGCCUUUUAUUUCAGAGCGCUUGGAGAUAUGCUUGCUCAAUAUAGAGGCUCAAAGUCGCGUUCAUCAUUGGAAGCUGCUUCUUCCGGCAGCUCAACGGAUGAAUCGACGCCUCCCGUCCUAGUGCUUCCGUCCUCUACAGAACUGUUCUAUUUCUAUGCGCAAAUUCUGGAUCAAUGUGCCAAAUUGUUCACCGGCCAGCCUCUAUAUGACUUGUCCGUGUUGUACAAGAAAUGGCUACGUAUCUAUGCCGAGGAUGUUCUCUUGGCGAGCAUGAAGAAGCCAAGUGCCGUGUCUUCGAGGAAAUCUAUGGAAAGCAGGCUUGACAUGAAUGAAUUGAAGAGGGCUUGUACGCUCAUCAAUACUGCCGACUACUGUCAGACUACCGCACUUGAAAUGGAAGAGAACAUCAAAGAGAAAAGUGACCAGGCGUUCAAAGAUAAGAUAUCGUUCCAAGAGGAGAGUGAUCUGUUUGUCGGUGCCAUCUCGGCCGCAAUUCAGGUCAUGCUAAGAGAACUGGACGCUGCUUGCGAUCCCGCUUUUGCGACUAUGUCGCGGACAGCUUGGACCACAGUCAAAUCUGUCAGCGGCCAAUCUGCAUACGUGGAUGAUCUUGUGAAGGCCAUUGAUCAAGUGAUCAGUUCUGUCAAGCCGCUUGUGGAGCAAAAGAAAUAUCUGCGCAACUUCCUGGACAAGGCCUCUAGUGCUCUAUUUGCCAAGUUCACCAACGCACUUGUCAAAAGCCGACCUUUGAAGGAGAUUGGCGCCGAACAACUCCUGAUCGAUUUGCAAGAACUCAAAGGAGCUUUGCUCAGGAUCCCUGGUGACUCCCUAAUUACCUCAAAUUACACACGAAGCGUCACGAAACAUACCACGAGAUUGGAAGCACUGUUGAAAGUCAUCGUGACUCCCUUAGAUCCUGUUGACGGUUUCAUCUUGAAUUACACCCUCCUCAUUGGCGAUGCAUCGUUCACGAACUUCCAGAAGAUCCUUGAUCUUAAGGGGACCACAAAGACGGAACAGAACGACCUCCUCGACUCAUUCCUCGCAAUCACCAGUACAAAGACGGACCUCGAAAGCACAUCGUUCCUGUCAUCUCUUGACAUGGAUCCAGGUCAAGUGACAUCGCUUGGAAGCCCUGCCGGUAGCCGGGUGUCUUUACUACCACGUACCGGCUCCGGAGAGGGCAUUCUCGCUGCACUAUCCUCUCCGCCUUUGAGCGCUUCAGGCACAGAAGUCCCACCCAAGGUGGAUCAGACGAUAAAGAGAGAGGUCUUUUCGGAUUUCAAGCGUUUCGUGAGCUUUGGGUUGAGGAGGGAAACCCUACCGCCGUCGUGA